UUUCACCAGAUGGGCAAGUCAGGUGGGCCACACUGCAAACGUCUAACGGAAUAUAUGAGCGACCAACAGUUAAGCUUGCGGUACUCGACGUUGACGUAGGAAGGAAUGCAUCUCAUGCGGAUCUUCGCUGCAUUGAAGGGGGGAGUGUUAGUUGCGCAACGUCGAUCACCGCGCCGUGCACACCCCUGCUUCGAGACGAUCGCGAACGCCAGCCCUACCCAACGGUUGACAGGAGGAUCGACUACCAUAAGGUCAGCCCUACCCAACCACUGACAAGUGGAUCGACUAUCAAAAGGUCACACCGGUGUGACGAAGCUUCAUAUAUAAAAAAUUCAUUGCGCGAGGCGAAUCGUUAAAAUUUAUUAUUCUAACUUAAACCUAAAAAUUUAUUACUACAUUCCGCUGUACAACUAUCUCUACAUUUACUCGGUAAGAAUUAAUUACGCUAAACUAAAUACAGUCGAAUUAAACAUGAAUUUGCCCUAAAAUAGGACCUACGGUAAAGUUAAAAGGCUUUAGGAAAACGUAACCUAAAUUUAUUAAUUAAAACAUCAGGACAGGUUUCUACGAAUAAGCACUUUAUUUCGCUGAUUGAAUUGUUGCGUGAUAGCGAAGGGCUACUACAAAAUUUGUAAUUCUUCAAUAAAGUCUUCACAAACUCGGCAGUCUCGUUUCUAUCACCAACAGUAUGCGAAGAAUACAACUAUCCUUUUAACCACGACCGUUCGUUCCGGGGCGUAGAUACACCACCUGGAAGAUCAUCAGAAAUGCUUGGACAGCGAAGUUAAGCAGUAUGAUGCUAACAAUGACAAGUUUCAACGCUUAGUAACCAGUAGUGAUUACGAUCCGACGUUGGCAGCCGAAACUGACAUCUAUACUGAGAUGGCAAAAGAUGCACAACCUACUCGUAGUAACAAGGAUGAAACGGAAAUCAGUCGCCUGUUAGGCACUCAACAAAAAACUACUCAACGUUGCCUUGAGUUCAACACCGAAAGUGUCACAAAUAAUAUCCUUCUGGUGUGCAAUCUACUGUAUCCAACCAAUACCAACAACCGACAUGUCGACGGAACAUUUGCGUCAUGUUUGAAAAAAUAUAUGUCCGUUGAAAAAACUACACCGGCCUGGUGUGAGAAGUGCAACAAGUUCACCCUCACUAAUCAAAAGAGUCGUGUGGCUGAUCUGCCGGAAAUUCUAUCGGUUAACUGCAGUCUGGAGAUAAACAAAGAACUUGAAUAUCUAAAGAAACAAAUGCUGCGACCCUCUGCCCAAGUGUCGAUGUGGGCUCGCGAAAUGGUGCAAACAAAACCCCCACCGUCGUUCAACUCGAAUGCGUCUAAUCAAGGCCAGCAGAAAUCAUGGUUCCCGCUGGGCUUCCGAAUGACGUUGGAUGAGAAGGAGAAUUUGGAAAUUGGAUCGUUAAAAACUGAUGAAGGCUCUGAUGCUCACGAAAGCUGCAAACUAAAUAUGCCGUUCCGAAAAUCGAAAAGUAUCGCUUGUCGGCGGCCGUUUGCUACAUCAAUGACAGAACUCAGUGUAAUAUGGUAGCUUUGGUGCACGUACGAAAGAGCUAGAGAGAUCUCAAAACGGAUCGAAGUGGAGGAGACUGGUACAUAUUCAAUGAUUUUAGUAUUCCCUGGUUUCCGUGCAAGAAGCGGUUUGGUUUGCACUGGAUUGGAAGAUUCCAUGUUCUGAUUUACACCAGUACAGCACUCAGGAACGAACAAGGAGUGAACAAGGAAUGUUUGACUCAGUACGUAAAUCCAUUCACAAAUGAUCUGUUGCCGAACCAAACUCCGGCGAAAUCCGAGGGGACAACCAUUUUAAACCGUUGGAUAAAAAUUAGAUCUUUCUGUUGGGGGACUUGGUGGCAAUGGAUGCGGAGGAAAGUCCGGUCCGAUGGUAAAAUGUCCACCAUAAAACCUCGUCACAUGAGUGUGGCUAGAAUCACGUGUAUCCGCGGGCUAGGUAAACAUGAAGGAGUUCCCUCCGUCGAUGAUUACAUCUCCUUUCAGGAGCAGGUUGUCGAUUAUCUGACAAAAUUAUCCGGAACCAGGCGAUCUGGUUGCUAACUUUAGCAACAAGAGACUGACGACGCUGAACAGGUCCUACAAAAAUACGCUAUCAUUUCGAAGUAAGCAAUUUACACAGUUGAACGAAGUGCGAAGGACCUGUUCAAAAUGCGGGUGGACUUUGUCCAGAAACUAAUGGAGAAACAGCGGGAAGGAACGGAAUGAACUAUUGCUACAUGCUCCUUAGGCUUAAUCGGAACCAAAAUCCUUCAACAGUUUCGUCCACUCAGCCUUUAAUCCAACCGAUCAAACAAAUAUUAUCCUAUGAACUUCACGUUUCUAGCAGCGUUGUCAACUGUUAGCAUAUUUUGUUUCCGCUUGAAAAUACACAGCGUUUAUGGACACAAAUUACAAAAAUCUUGGUUCUUUAUUUUACACGUUUAUUAUUCAUCCCUCUUUAGCAUAAAGGAACAGUCAAAAGGAUCCAGAAAGCAUAUCACUCAAAUCGGAAACAACGACAAAUAAUAUUAGCAUCAUUGAUAUUUGUACCUAGGAUAGGAUCCGCCAGCUCUGUCCCCUGUUUUUGAACCAAUUCUGAACCAGCUCGUGAUUGGAUGAAAGUGACAUAGGCAAACCUUCGGCUUGGAAACUAAAAGUACUAAAGGGCUGCUUGGAAGUGUUGUCAUAUUGUGAUAUCAAACAUAAAACGACGAUUGUUAACUGUGUUGAUUUUUUUGUU